AUGGUCAUCACUCUGCGUACGAUGGUUCGUCCGUGGAUGGUCGCGCUCCUGAUGCUGCUUACAGACCGACGGACGUUUGGGAUCAGCAACGGGCCAGCCACCCACGCCGCUGAAGUCGCACCCGCAACCACCGACGAGGACGUCGACGUCGACGCCGCCUCAGUCAACUCUACCGAAAUUGCGUCAGUUGGGUGUAAUUAUAAAGGACGAAGUUAUGAUCCAGGAUCAUUGGUUAAUACAGACCAGCCGUGCUUAAAAUGCACGUGUGUCACAGGAAGUUUGGUAUGCCAUUUGCAAAUUUGUCCAGAAUUACCAGAUCCACCACCUCAGGGAUGCGUGAUAGUCCACAAGAAGAACAAAUGUUGUGCGCACCUUCAAUGUUAUUAUGAACAAUUUGAUGCUGUUCAUUCCAAACUAUUUUCAUUGCAAAAUCGGUCUGGACCCGCGAGGAUGGACAAUUCUGCAAUUGUGACAUUUGACGGUUUACCUAAAGGAUGUGUGAUAAACGGUACGAUUUACGCGGAAGGUUCGGCUAUGGACAGUUCCAGUCUGUGUGAAUAUUGUUACUGCAUCAAAGGGCAUCAACAGUGCGUACGGCCCCAAUGUUCUUUAACUAUUCCAGGCUGUACAGCUGUAUACAAAAAACACACUUGUUGCCCAAUUAGAUACAAAUGUUCACCAUUACAAAAUGCACAGAUGAAAAAUACAGCAGAUGCGACAACCACUGAAAUGGCAUCCUCCUUAUCCGCUCGGCUUAAAGAUUGUCGCAUAAACGGUCGGCUGAUAUCGCUGGGAGAGCCCGUGAUUGGCGUGGCGCGGUCGUCGUGCGAAACUUGUUUCUGCAUCAACGGUCAGGUGCGAUGUGACAAGGUGAUAUGUCCGCCAAUCCGCGCCCAAAUAUCGCCCAAUUGCGGACCGGUCUACUCGGAAGGGCACUGCUGCCCGACGAGCUACAACUGCACCAGCACUAGCAGCAACGAAUCUCACAACAGUGCGACUGUCACUCCAACGACGACGACGACGACUUCUACUGGUGUUGUUGCGACAACGCAGCCGUCCACCGUGACUGCAGCAGUCGAUGAUGAUGUCCUGCUUAAUAGUUCGCCACCGCCUUCGACGCUGCCAACGCCUACGGCGGCCCAGAUGUUGGUGGAGACAGAUAGUGCAUCCAGUAUCACUGUAAGUUCAAAGAAUGCGACUGAUCAAAUUACAGAAGAACCCAUAGAAUCGAGACAUGCUAAUCCUGCUAGUUUAAUGCACGAUGACUUUGGUGGAUUGAAUGUCACUGAAAAAUCUAACAACUUUGAAAUAGAUUAUGAUGACCCAACAUUGCCGCCAUCUUUACCAAACCUCAAAAUUAUUCCAUUCGUUGCAGCGGAUGCAGUUGUUGAUGAACCUACUGCAGCUUAUGAAAAUUAUCAGCCUGUGAUAGAACGUGUGUACAAUGUAUCAGACGUUGAAGAACCUCCUUUGCCCGUCGUCAAUAGCUUUUCUCCACCUAUUGAGACUGAGGGUGGAUUCAUUCCAAAAGAUUCUCCAAAUGGUGCGAUUUAUCUACCUGACAAAUUUCGAAAGACAACGGAACAACCUACUGUUCACCACGAUGAGCCUGCAGUUGUAGGGCACCAACCAAUAGGAUCUGUUUGGUGCAUAUCCAAUGGUAAGAAGUUCAAACACGGUGAGUUGCUGAACGAACCAAGUGCUUGUGACAUAUGCAUUUGUUUCAACGCCAAAAUUGUUUGCCAAACAAAUUGUCCAGCCGUCAAAGUAGGCUGCCAGCGAAUCGACGACCCGAACAAUAGCACUUGCUGUGGCCGUAUCGUUUGCAAUGAAUAUGAAAAUUAUAUUACUAUUGAGAAUAUUAAACAAAUUGAAGUAACAUCUGAAGCAAUUACAACCCCAUCCACAACUACAACAAACAUUAGAGAUGCAGUUAUAGAACAUAUUUUAUAUUCUGCACCAUCAACUGAGAAACCAGUUGUAACUUCAUCGCCUAACACUCUAAAGCCAAUGAACGUGUCUUCGGAAACGUCUUCGUUAAAACCGAUCACGUCCACUGUAAAGUUGGUUACAACUUUGGCUCCUACCACUGAAAAAUUGAUAGUUUCUUCAACUUCAGCAACUACCAAGCGCACAGAAGUUACAACACCUGUACCUAAGCCACUCGAAGAUGAAGAUUAUAGUUUUGAAAGUAUGUUUUCAUUUUUGUUCAAUGGCGAUACACCGGAACCAACAUCGUCGCCUUCUUCACUGCCCUCGUCCACAUAUAAUAUGGAAUCAGAAACUCGCAUUGAGCAUCGAACAGAUGACGAAAUCGACGAUAAAGUUCAUUCGGAUGAACACGGACAAACCGACUACAUGUCACUCCCCAAACAACAACAUAAACCUAAUUUGAACCUAGCAGAUACUGAACAGCAUGUGUAUCCAAAAGAACACCAGGAUGCAACCCCAUCCAUUGGUGUAAAUCAGCACUCGGUAGACAAACAUAAUAAAGUCGAACCACAGGAAGUAUACAAACCUUUAGAAUCCAAACCAAAUACUGAGACUAAGCAAUACCUUAACGACAAGCUGAAUUCCGAAACUAAACAUCACGUCGACACCAAGCCACCAAAAUCAGGAAUCAAGCAACACGUUGACGUCAAAUCCCACCAAGAAAUCAAACAUGAUACCAUACCAUCUGGCACUAAACAACAAGCUGAGGUUAAGACACAUUUCGAUGUUAAAGAAAAUGUUCACGUUACAUCACCAUUUGAUUUAAAGCUUUAUGAUGAGGUAAAACCAUCACACCAAGACUUUAGUAACCAUCAAACUGAAGUCAAGUCACAUUUCAGUGUAAGAGAUCAACCCGAACUCAAAACACAUCCGGAUUCAAAGUUUCAAUCUGACGCCAAAAUUUAUACCGAUUUGAAGCAUCAAAGUGAAGUUAAUAAAUACUUUGACGUUAAAGAGCCAGUCGAAGUCAACCAACCUUAUUUUGAUUUUAAACAGCAGACAGAAAUUAAGCAUCAUUCCGAUUUUAAGCAACACGCUGAUGUUGAAGUCGUGCAGCACACCGAUGUAAAACCUGCAAAUGUUGGGAUAACACCACUGAAAACUAAGGUUGAUACAGAGUUCAAUUUAUUGGCUUCCAUGCUGAAGAUAUCUGGCUGUAAUAUAUACGGACGUAUGUACCGAGUGGGAAAAAUAAUUUCUGAACUCUCCAAUCCAUGUUUGGAGUGUAUGUGUACAGAAAUCGGAGUACAUUGUAAUCAAUUGAAAUGUUGA